AUGCGUUUCACACCAAUCAUCGCUUUGGUCCUCGCCACAUUGGCUAUUGCUACCCCGGUCGAGGAUAGUUCCAACAAUGUCGCUGCCGAGGCAGACACGGCUCGAUGCCGGCCCCGUUAUGAUAAUUGCGUCGAGGAUUGCCGCAGAAGCCAUAGGGGUGAACGCUGCAGAUCUCGAUGUUACGACGAUUGGUGCCGUUUCUGA